AUGGCACUUAUAAUGGACAAUAAUAAUUAUCCUUUACAAUUUGUAAACUGGCUGGACAAGAUACCUUUUGAUAUUUUAUGUCUUAUUGGUUCUUCUUUAUCAGGCUAUGAUGCAUUUAGUUUUGCUGAAUCUGUAUCACAAGAAAUUAUGAAAUCAGAGCGAAAAUUUUGGUCGAUUCUAGGCAUGAAAAGAUUGAAUAAAACAACUGUUGUUUUCUCCAAACCAAAGCUUGGUUAUUAUGAUUUAAUAAUCGAUUACAUAGUUCAAUUAUCGUCUGGUCGCUAUUAUUCACGUUUUAUUUAUAAUGGAUUUACAUCUGAACGAUUGAUGAGCGUUAUGAAUUGUUGUCAGUCUCAAUCAUUUCAAGCAUAUUGUCGUUUUCUUUCUUACACAUGUCAUUUCAUGUGUUUUCAAAUGCCAGUUCUAUCAUUUUUCAAUUAUUCUUUUUUUUAUUCAAGUAGAAGCUUAACAUCAAUUGAGAUGGAUUUAUUUCGAAUAUGUCGGCACGGUCAUUUAACAGAAGGAUCUAUUGUUGUUCAAGAUUUAGAUAGUUUUAUAAAUAAUUUGAAUAAUAGGUUUUCUUUUUCUUCCAUUAAAAAUUGGAUAAAUUUUUCGUCGUUUGUAAUAGCCGGUGGUGCUGUACUCAAUUGCCUUCUCAUUGAAGGAUUUGAUUCAUCAUUACAAGAUUUGGAUGUUUUCUGGUUAGGCGGUAGUUGGAAUUCAUUUCUUAAUGAGAUUAAUAAUUUUAAACAAAGGGCUCAUGCUAGCAUAUUAACAGAAAAAAAUUACUAUGGAAAGCUUAUUGAAUUUCAACUUUAUAUUGAUCAAGAUCAUAUAAUUAAAAUUCAGUUUAUAUUUGGAAGAGAAGAAAUGAAUCUUUCCUUUUUACUAUAUACGUUUGACUUGGAUGUUGUGCAGGUUGCAUUCGAUGGUACAAAAAUAAUUUCGACACUUGGUUUUUGUCAAGCCAUUGCUACGAAAACGUUUAUUUGUUACAGGCUUACUAAUGAUAUUCGUGAUGCUCCUUUAUAUGUUGAUCGAUGUUUAAAAUAUAAUAUACGUGGUUUCAUCUGGCUUUGUCCGAUGUUCUAUGAUCAAAUUCUUGUACAGAAACCACUCAUAUCUGCAAAAAAAGUAAUAGAUUAUGGAUUUCAAGACUUCUACUUUAAUGUUGAUGUAUUUGAUAUGCAACAUGCUUUUCUUUGUUACAAUUUCUUUAAAAGAUAG